AUGUCUUCGGUUCAGCAGCAAUCAAGCUCGGGGUCAGAUGGGUCCGCAACGGUGGACGAGAAGAAGAGGAAGAGGAUGUUGUCGAAUCGCGAAUCGGCGAGGCGAUCGCGGAUGAAGAAGCAGAAGCAAAUGGAUGAUUUGACGAGCGAAAUCACCCGACUGGAGAUGUCAAACAAUCAACUUCAGCAGGGAAUCGAAGUGAAGGAGCGGGGCUACUCUGAGAUAGAGUCUAGGAACAACGUGAUGAGGGCUCAAGUAAUGGAGCUCACCGAUCGUUUGCAGUCGUUGAACUCGGUGCUCCAGAUCUUCGAAGAGGUUAGCGGCCUUGCUGUGGACAUACCUGAGAUACCUGAUCCGCUGCUGAGGCCGUGGCAGGUUUCCUACCCAACGCAGCUCAUCCCGGCCUCUUCCGACAUUACUUAUCCCAACGGGUUGGGUUGGAUUGUAAAUUGCCGUCUUGCUCGGGGCAAGAUAUUCAUUCAACAACACGUGGUGGCUAUUUGUAUGGUUAAUCUUCGUCGAGUUCUGGGACACAAGGAUCAAAACAAACCCAUGGACCGAGGACUCCCUCCUCUUUGA